AUGUGGCACUGGAAUUUUCCUGAAGGCAGGUUCACAGCCAUCACAUGGGGUAUCGUUGGAUGGCGGCUGCUGCAAGGGUCGUGGGCAGCACGCGGCGGAAUCUUUGAAUGCAAGUUGCCCGAUGAAAAGCUGGAAAAGUCUCAUUUUCCCGUUCCAUCGUCACCAAGAGUGCCUCUGCUUGCUGGCGCUGAUGCUGGUGUUGGGAGAGUGAAUUGCCGAGCCUUCUCUCUUCGUCGGACUGCUGCCCUCACCAGCGACUCUCCUGGCCCCCCUAAUCGACGAGGGCUUUCGCGCAAAGUUGCGCGCUUGAAUCUGCCAGGAGGUCUCAUGAAGCACGCCGCCUGCAGAGCAGCGCGUGGAAGAAAGGCUACAGAGUUCGACAUCGACGCUUGGUGCGCUAGGAUUCCUGCUGGCGGCGAAAAGGCGCUGGAAACCUCCUCAAACAAUGCCAGGGAAGGGGCCUCCCUCGCUAGGAGGAGGUCUGGGGGGCCCCUAGUAGGGAAACAAGGUGGGGGGGGCCCCCUGGAAGGACACAGAGCACCAAAAGGGGCAGAGGAAGAGAUCUUCAAUCGCACAUACCCCCCAAUAGAGGCAUUUCCUGAAAAACAAAUAUCUUUUGCUCUAAAGAGAAGCGACACCACGCACCGUGGUAGCAGCGAGAGAGGAAAGCAACUGCAGGGAAUCCCACAGAGCACUCAUCGCGAUCCUUCUACGCCUCCUCGUGGCUGUACAGCAGUGCAGUCGCAUGCAGAAGCCGCCAUGGGGAGUACUCCUGAGUGGCCUCCCUACAGGGAGACGGCGCUACGUCGCGAUAGCCAGCGCGAGUUCAUCGACUGGGCGUUCCUCUGCAGACGCCCUCUCGAUUCUCCCGCAGCAGCGCUUGACUACUUCUGCCUCACCCCCUUCUACGCAGAGGUCAGAGCCGAGUGCGGAGCUGCGGCAGCCGCUGCAGCGGGCGGAGUGCCACCAACCCCAGCGUCACAGACCGCUGUUUCUGCACAUGGGGUGGGUGGAGUGCAGGGACAGGGGGGGGGCCCCCAGGGGUUUUUCAGGCAGCAUCUGCUGUUAAACGAGCGCUUGCGCUUAGGCGAGGCCAUAGAUAUUGCCCGUACAGAGGGGCUGGUAUUCGAAGUCGUGCAACACAACCUACAGAGCAUAGAUGCCCUUGCGCCUCCAGCCCCCCCCCAGCACCAGGGGCAGCAGCAGCAAGACGAUGAAGCGGGAGCUGCUGCUGCCCUUCUGUCCGAGCGCUGCCAGUACUACCGAACGAAGGCGAUUUUUCUUAUCGCCCUCGUGGAACGCCGCCAAUCCAUGCACGGCGUGCAGCAGCAGCAGCAGCGACGCAUUUACUCAGUGGUGGCCGGUCGAGUGUACCGCCAGCCCCCCCUUCGAGAUUCCAUGAUUCAGCGGCUAGCAGAAGCUACUGAAGACCUCUCGUGCUGUGCGGAUCUGCUGCUGCUACAGCUCUGCUCAUGGUCCUUGCCCUCGGGGUUCUCGUGGAGAGCACCCCUUUCCCGGCGAAAGCAGCUCCUUGCAGCUGCUGCCGCCUCAAAGUACUGUGGAGACACGCUGCAGCAGGCAUCCCAGCAAGAGGAUCAGGAGGCUACUAAUAUUUCUGAUACGACGAAAAGUACAAGCAGGGUCAAGGUAGUGUAUAAACGGCCCCCCUGUGCAGCUGCACUACGAGUGCUGCAAGAGGAAACCAAAUAUCUUGAGCUGACAGCCCAGCAACACGAGGCACAGGAAAGGUCCCUGAUGGAGGAGUAUAACGCCACCGCAGCAACAGCUGCCAAAGAAGCCGCCGCAUUGCAGCAGCUACAGCACAGAAUCGGACUCCUGCGGGCCGCACUGCUGCAAGCUGCGCCUAAUGCAUCUCAGGCAGCAGCACUGCUGCAGCAGCUUACAACCGCGGCGGCAAAUAUCCCAACCGUUGCUGCACCAGCAGAGGGGACGGCUACGAUGGCAUCAGCUGAGCGAAAUGCAGAGUAG